AUGGCCGUCAAAUUCUCUCAAUCCAAGACCACCGUCGCGCGACCCCACCUCACCAAGGAGCAUAGCAGCGGACAGCGCUCUCCACCACUCGACGCGACCUCUUCCCUAUCCAAGAUGGCCCGCGGCAAGAGUCCAUCGACCAGCCCCAUGCCAUCGCCUUCCGACCGCGAAAGGCGCGCCUCCGACGACUACUGGCAAAAGGCAUACCGCGAAUCCUCCUACGUCUCGUUCCGGGAUUUCGACGAACUCCGUGCCGAAUACGAAUCCAAAUCAAGUCGAGGGUGA